AUGAAAUCACCUUGCUCGGCGCUACUGGUCGCGGCGCUCGCCCUCCCCGGGUCUUGGCUCGGCGGUGGUAAUGGUGUCACGGGCUUCGAGUUCAACGCGUACGAUCUCGGUCUGCAGGGCAUCUACCCGCGGCAUCGAUUCCACUCAGUCGACUUUGAAGCGCCCAAGCCGAAGAUCACGCGGUGGGAUUCGCGCUGCAAUGAUGGAAACUUGCUUCUCACGCCGCGGGGGCCGUCUGUCCAGGGCAAAGCCCGUGGGCCCACGAUGCUGGACGCGCGCGGCAACUUGAUAUGGGCGGGCAAUGACGACUUCGAGCAGGUCAUCAAUUUGAAUGUGCAGAAGUACAAAGGGGAGGAUUAUUUGACGUUUUGGACCAAAGUCAAGAAGAACAAGCAUAGGCAUAAGAAUCAGAAGCAUAAGAACAAGGACAAGGACAAGGGCAAGGGCAAGGGUAAGAAUAAGGAUAAGGAUAAGGAUAAGAACCAGGGAGAUCACGACGACGACGAGAUCAAUGCUUAUGCAAAGCAUCCGAGAAUCUCUUAUGUGAUGCUUAACUCUUCCUACGAGGUGGCCUAUAGAAUAUACCCACAUGGAAAGGGCUACAAGGGAGACUCGCAUGAAUUUCAGAUCACCCCACAAGGCACGGCGCUCAUCACCAUCUACCACAAGCACAAGGUCGACUGCACGCAAUUAGGGCUCGGCAAGAGCUGCUGGAUCCAAGACGGCUUGUUCCAGGAAAUCGACAUCGAGACGGGCGAUCUGGUGUUCGAAUGGCGCGCCACCGACCAUGUCAGCAUGCUCGACGUGUUCAGUAGCCCGAACCGUAAGGACGGGUAUGGGACGUCUAAGAAGGACGCCUUUGACUUCUUCCACCUGAACAGCGUCGACAAGCUCGAGUCGGGCGACUACAUCAUCUCGGCGCGGUACAUGCACGCGGUGGUGUGCAUCAGCGGCAAGACGGGCGAGAUCCUGUGGCAGCUCGGCGGCAAGCACAAUGACUUUCGCGAUUUGAACGGCGCCACCGACUUUGCCUGGCAGCACCACGUGAGGUGGCAGGGCAACAACACCAUCUCGCUCUUUGACAACCACGCCAACAACGUCUUUCACAACCCCUCCAGCCAGAGCAAGGGCAUGAUCAUCAAACUCGACCUGGAGAACAUGACGGCCAGCGUGGUGCAGACCUUCGUCCACCCGGACGAGAUCCUCAACGUCUCGCAGGGCUCCGUCCAGGUCAUCGCGGAAAGCGGCAACGUCUUGGUCGGCUUCGGCAACUCGCCCACCUACAUCGAAUACGCGCCCGACGGCCAGGUGCUCUGCAGCGCCCACUUCGCGCCACACAUCGCCUUUGAGAUCCUCGAUUUCGGCCUGGUCAAAUCAUACCGCGUGUUCAAGAGGCCGUGGGUCGGACGGCCCAACACGGUGCCGGACGUCAAGGUGAAGAGCGGGAGAAUCUACGUAAGUUGGAACGGCGCGACCGAAGUGUCAAGCUGGAGAUUGGAGGGGGCGGGCUCCCAGGACGCGCACGACAACGAGUUUGUGACGAUCCAAGAGUUGGAGCGUGAUGGGUUCGAGACGAGUUUCGGACUCGACAAGGUCGGUGGCUUUGUGAGGAUCGCGGCGCUGGACUCUGCGAGGACUGCAAUGGCAUAUUCGGCCGUCGUCAAGGCCCCUCCCUCGUCACUCGGGUUCCUCUGGUCGACGCUCAUCUUUCUGUUCGGCGUCGCCGUCUUCGCGUCCGGCUUUGCCGGCUUCAUUCUCUGCUAUCGACGAAUACACUGGCUUCCGCGUCUUCCGCGGCUUGCGCGUGUCCCGAAGCUACUUAAUCUGAGUGGUCUCAAAUCCCGAUUGAGCCAGGGCAAGAUACCUCGUUGGCAACACGAACCCGAAACGGAGCCUCUGUUACUGGACGAGAGAGUUCCUUGA